GAAAGGUCCACCAUCAAAAAGCGAAGGAUACAGAGAGAGGGAGGGGGAGGCAACAGGGAGGCAGAGGUUUCCAAGGAGAGGAAGGGGAAGAAAGCAGAAAGUCAGCACAGUUCACCUUCAUCAAUUGCCUCUCAACGAAUCGCUGUUUUCAACUUGCUUGAUCUCGUCAUUCUUUAUACAAAGAUGGAGGCAACGGAACAAUUAAUGUGUCGACCAGUGGACGCAUUUAACCCCUUGAUCACAACAAGCUUUCAGGUUUCCUGCAUUCUCGUUAUUUCUCAUAUCUUUCACCUUCUCUUGAAACCCAUUGGACAGCCAGGACCUGUUGCGCAACUUCUUGCUGGUGUUGUUGUAGGUCCCUCGUUUUUGUCCCGUAUAGACAGAGUUGAAGAAUUCUUCAUACAGGCUUCUUCUGCAAAGUACUACCAGUUUUUCUCAUUCAUUUGUCGAAUGCUUUUUAUGUUCUCGAUUGGGUUGGAAGCAGAUAUUCCUUAUUUAAAGCGCAACUUUCGUGUUGUAAGUAUCAUUGCAGGAGGGGGUUCAAUCCUGGCCUGCAUCUUUGGUGGACCUCUCUUCUGGUUGCUCACCAAGGUAUUCAGAGUCACUACCGAGCGAUUUUCGUUUUACCUGCUUAUCCUGACAGUCUUAGCAAAUUCAGCCUCUCCUAUCGUGUUUCGGUUGGUUGCAGAAACCAAGUCUGACACUGCUGAUUUAGGACGAUUGGCAAUUUAUUCUUCCUUGGUCAACGAAAUGUCUUGUGUGGUAGUCGUUUGUACGCUAAAAGCAUUCACCUCCUUCUCUAAAUUUGGAGGUGCAAUCCUUAUUGUUCUUUUCACUCUGGUACUAAUCAUUGUGAACAAGUAUCUGUCAUACUUUUUCAACAGAAGGAACAGGAAUAACAGAUUCGUUACAAACAGCGAAGUUUUCAUUAUUAUCUUUCUUCUUGUAAGUCUCUCUUUGUUUGUGGAAUGGAUUGGCUACACAGCUAUAACCUGUUGUUUCCUGGUCGGCCUGAUGUUCCCUAGAGAGGGUAAAACAGCUCGGACAUUAUUGCACAAACUCACUUAUGCAGUAAAUACCUUCAUUCUUCCGGUGUACUUCGGCUACACAGGGUUCCAAUUUGAUCUAAGCACUCUUAAUAACAAAUUGGUUAUUGCUCUCACUGUCCUCAUGAUCCUGGUGGGCGCUGGAACUAGAAUUGCCGGCACCUUUGCUGCCUGUCAUUACCUAAAGAUCCCAUGGAAUGAGGCUCUGAUCCUUGCUUUCUUACUCAACUUGAAAGGCAACUACGACCUUAUACUCAUUAGCACACCCCCACAACCCAAAAUGGUCUGGGCUACAGAUAUUCACAAUUUUCUUUUGACAGUAGUAGUCCUUGACACGUUGAUCAUAGGGCCAGGAGUUGCCAUUUUAUUAAACAGAGAAGAGUCUUGUGCUCAGUACCCUACCACACUCGAAAUACUUAAUCCAGAGAGUGAGCUCCGACUGUUGGCUUGUGUAUAUGUCCCACGCCAUGUUUCAGGGCACGUUAGCCUCAUCUCAGCAUUAGGUGGCUGCCCAAAUGCACCCAUCAAGCCAUACCUGGUGCAUCUGGUGGAGCUUCCAAAGAAAAGAAAAAGCAAAUUGAUGUACCAUCAACUGGAAGAUGGUGAUCAAUUCAGCGAUGAGGAAGAGUACGGUGGAAAUGAUGUGCUUGAGAUCAAUGAUGCUGUUGACUCCUUCACAGUAGAGACCAAAAUUUUGACCCACCAAAGUAAACUUGUAUCCUCCUUUCUAACCAUAAACGAAGACCUGUGCAAUGGUGCCGAGGACUUGCGUGUGUCUAUUAUAUUCCUCCCGUUUCACAAGCACCAAAGGAUCGAUGGAAUAAUGGAGAACAGCAUGGAGGAAAUAAGGACUAUAAACCAGAAGGUAAUUCGCCAUGCCCCAUGUUCAGUAGGAAUCUUUGUUGACCGAGGACAAACUGGGUUCCAACAACCGCAUGGCUCCCCGUCUAUGCAAAACAUAGUAACAUUGUUCUUUGGUGGCCCUGAUGAUCGUGAGGCUUUAGCAUGUAGCAAAAGGAUUUCGAUGCACAAUCAAGUUAGUUUGACUGUCAUCCGCUUCAUACCUACAUCGAGCGGACACAGUUCAUGGAUUAACGAUGCAUCCCACAAGGAUGAGGAGGUCAUCAUGGCAAUAUCAAACGUGGGGACAGAGAACGAGAUAGACAAUGCCUUUGUGGAAACCUUUUAUAACAGGUAUGUGGCACAGGGUAAAGCUGGUUUCGUUGAGAAGUAUGUGAGCGAUGGGGUGGAGACAGUAGCUGCCCUAAGAGAAAUUGCAGACAUGUAUUCAUUGUUCAUAGUUGGGAAGGGAGGGAGAGGGAAUAGCCCCUUGACAACUGGUAUGAGCGAUUGGGAGGAGUGUCCAGAGCUUGGGUUGGUUGGGGAUCUCUUGGCUUCUUCAGAAAUGAACAUUGGUGGUUCCAUCUUGGUGAUCCAACGACAUCGGCACUCGGAGCCAGACAGAGGCGGAGGCCUCCUCGAUGACUAAUUACUGGUAAUCUAGGAAAUAUACAUACAUGUAAAGUUAUUUCUAGGUUAGCUGCCCUGCCAAGGGUUUCUGGUUUAAUUAGCUUAAAUGCAGAUUGUACAAGUGUUAGAUAUGUUGCAAAAAAGAAGAAAAAAAGUUCAAUUCCUCCAGAAAAGAUUCUUAAAGUCACUGCUGCAGAUAUCAGAAUGAUCAAAACUUUCCGUUUUCUCAUAAAUGGGCCUGCAGGCUGCCUGCAGGUAGGAGG